AUGCAACUGAAAGGACUGCGGUGGUACCCAAGAAACUCACGUUCGACCAGCUGCCCACACCAGAUCAUAUCGACGCAUACUACAAGGAGUACACGCGCCCGGAUUUCCAGAUAUGUCCCCAUGUGUUUCCGCAAGAACGGUACCGUGACCGUGGAGAUGCGCAGCAUGUCGAGCGCGACGUCCCACAGCACCCUCAACAAGAUGAGCCUUAGCACUACGGACCAGGGAUUGUACUCUGUGGCUAUAGGACGAGAAUCUGGUAAGGGUGCGGUGGCCAUUGGAGAUACGGCCGGUUAA